AUGACCGAGAUAGCCAAAAGGACGCCCUCCACCUUAAGAGAAUUUUUGGACAGGGCAAACGAUUUUGUCAAUGCAGAAAACACACUACAAGCUUUCCUAGAACCGAGGAAACAGGAGAUGAAGUCCGAGGAUAAGAACCAGAGUAGCUCCAAAGACAAAGAUAAGAGAACACAUGAAUGGAACCAUCGAGAUGAGAGGUGUGAACGAUAUGCCAACCAACAAGAUCAAGGGUGCCAUAUGAUCCAUAACAACCACAAUGUUCAGGAAAGCAGCCAUAUGUCUAAGGAAGAGGGCUGCCCCCCAUGCGAGAACCCGCGCUAUUGUAGGUAUCACCAAACUAGCUCCCACGGGACUAAAGAUUGCUUUACUUUGAAAAGGCGAAUCAAUGAGAUGACAGGUAGUGGAGAGCUAGAAAAAAUGCUAGCUGACUACAUUAAACCACAAACGAGGGAGGGAUGUCAGCAAGAAUGGAAAAUAAGUAGGAGCCUUAAGUGCCAUAAGCCAGAAAGGGAAUGGAGAAACCACUGCCCCCGCCCAAGGCAAGACCAGGAACAAGCUUCGCUUGGUAAAAAUCGUACAAUAGCAGGCAGUUUCGCAGGAGGCAGCACCACAUUCUCAAGUAGGAGAGCCCACGCCCGCAGGGCCAGAUACCAUGAAGUGUACACAUCAGAUAGGCCACACAAGUAUCCCAGGCUGGGGAAGACCCCAAGCAUUUCAUUUGUCGACAAGGAUUGUGAGGGAAUCUUGUAUCCCCACGAAGACGCUUUGGUUAUGCCCAUCACCUACUCCACUAAAAGGAUUCUGGGGAGAAGCCGUCCAGCCCAUGGGCGCCAUCACGCUCCCAGUCAUUUAGGCCAGGGCAACUACGCAACCACAACAAUGACAGACUUCCUUGUGGUAAAGGCUCUGUCUUCCUACAACGCUAUACUAGGGAGACCUACCCUCAAUGACUUGAAGGUGGUAACUUCCACUUACUACCUCAAGAUGAAAUUUUCAACAGAAGUGGGAGUCGGUGAAGUUCAGGGUGAGCAAAUAUUGGCGCAGGAGUGUUAUGUCCAAGAGUUGAAAGCAUGA